UUGCAUGAAACUUACCACUUUACCCGCUUUUAAGCGUCCAGUUCAGUGGCAUGAAGUACAUUCACGUUGUUCGACUGUCUCCGCCGUCCGCUUUCAGAGCUUUUCCAUCUUCCCAACCUGAAACUCUGUCCCCGUUAGCUCCCCCUCCCCUUCCCCCAGCCGUUGGCUCCCACUGUUCUGCUUUGUGUCCCUGUGAAUUCGACUACUCUAGGGCCCUCAUACGAGUGGAGUCGGAGAGUAUUGGUCCCGUCCGGCUUAUUUCACGUCGCACAAUGUCUUUAAGGUUCAUCCGUGUUGUAGUAUAUGCGUCAGAACGUCCCUCCUUUUCAAGGCUGAGGGGCAUCCCAUCGUGUGUGUAAACACAUCUUGCUCAUUCACAUGUCGGCGGCCGUGUGGGUGGUUCCCACCUUCGGGCUCCUGUGACUAAAGCUGGUGUGAACACGCGUGUCCAAGUAUGUCGGAGUCUCUGCCUCGAGCUCUUGUGUGUGUCUACCCCGAACUGGGGUUGCCGGAUCAAAUGCUAAUUCUGUGUUUGCUUUACUGUUGAACAUGUGCUUUUCAUGCACUUUGUAGUCAACCUUGGUUCUUACAGCAGCGCCGAGAAGCGAGUAUCAUUCCCUUCUCUGGCUCCAAAAAGCCGUUUGCCCCAAGUGGAGCGGAGUGGCAAAUGCGAGUAUUUGACUUGGAACUCGGCUUUCCCCUUGACCAUUCGCCAUUCAGAGUGGUCCCAGUCACGUGGGUUCCUUUCAAGAACGAUGGCCUUCUGAUUGUGAGAAGCUUCGUCUGCUAGCGGCUUCUGCCCUUACCGGUCUUGGCCAUCCUGUCCAAGGUCGAUCGGGAGUGGGCCCGUGCCCCACGGCAAGGAGCAGAGGCUGUGUCUGUGGCCCCAGAAACAAAGGCCUUUCCUUCUGGUCUGUGUUUCCCUCUCUCAGCUCAGCUCCGUCGUCUGAAACAUGAGGACCUGGUUGCUUCUGCUCGCCGGCGGGAUCUGCAUGGGAAACGUGAACGCACAGGACACGUGCAGACAGGGGCACCCUGGCGUCCCUGGGAAUCCCGGUCACAAUGGUUUGCCCGGGAGAGAUGGACGAGACGGAGCAAAGGGCGACAAGGGAGAGGCAGGAGAACCAGGACAUCCUGGUGGUCCAGGGAAAGAUGGAAUGAAUGGAGAGAAAGGAGAACGAGGAGCAGACGGAAAAGUCGAAGCCAAAGGCAUCAAAGGCGAUCAAGGCUCCCAGGGACCCCCAGGAAAACACGGGCCCAAGGGACUUGUUGGUCCCAUGGGAGAGAAAGGCCUCCAGGGGGAGACUGGCCCUCGAGGGCCAAAGGGGGAGAAAGGUGACGUGGGGCCCACUGGUCCUCAGGGGCUACAGGGCCACACUGGGCCUUCGGGGCCAACUGGUCUACCUGGCCCCAUGGGCCCCGUCGGAAAGCCUGGCCCCAAGGGAGAUGCUGGGCCCCUCGGGCCCCAGGGGGAGCCGGGAGUCCGGGGGAUGAGAGGCUGGAAAGGGGACCGAGGCGAAAAAGGGAAAAUCGGCGAGACUCCCGUCUUGCCCAAAAGCGCCUUCACGGUGGGCCUCACGGUACUGAGCAAGUUUCCGGCUUCAGAUGCGCCCAUUAAAUUUGAUAAGAUCCUGUACAACGAAUUCAAUCACUACGAUGUAGCCACGGGGAAAUUCACUUGCCACGUUGCCGGGGUCUAUUACUUCACCUACCACAUCACUGUCUUCUCCAGGAACGUUCAGGUAGCUUUGGUCAAAAAUGGGGUAAAAAUCCUGCACACCAAGGACGGCUACGUGAGCUCGGAGGACCAGGCGUCCGGCGGCAUCGUGCUGCCCCUGAAGCUGGGGGACGAGGUGUGGAUGCAGGUGGCAGGAGGGGAGAGGUUUAACGGCUUGUUUGCGGAUGAGGACGAUGACACAACUUUCACGGGCUUCCUUCUGUUCAGCCAGUGACGGGGAGGCGGUUAGACUCUGCUCACCACCCAUCGGAGACGGCUUCGUGAAGAUGCUGUCCGAUGAUUCUACUCUAGGAAGCACCCUCAUUAUUGUAAUCAUCACAGAGCGGCACCCAAGUGCUCGUGUUGGGGCGCCCGGCUGGCUCAACCGGGGGGGGGGGGGCUUGCAGCUCUCGAUCUCGGGGUUGUGAGUUCAAGCCCCGUGUUGGGUGUAGAGAUUACUUAAGAAUAAAAGCUUAAAAAG